GACAGAUGAGAUGACUGCCUGUCACUUCUGUCAGGCAGUCUGAACGAAGAGGAUUGUGUGCAUUUUUGUCGGCUUAGUCCCAUCGUCAAUGCAAUUUAUUAAAGAUUUUCCUUUUCUUCUAAAAAUAUGAUGCAGCAUCAGUACUGGGUAACAAAGAAGACUGUAUUGAAAAAGUUUGGAACAAAAGAAGAUGAGUGUAUUGUUUCAUCCGACGCCGAACUGGAUGCAAAGUUGGAAUUAUUUCGAUCAAUAUCAGAUAGCUGCUUACAACUACAACGUGUUUUAGACCAGUACCAGGAGAGAUUGUGUAUUUUGGCACAAGAAGAGAAUUCCUUGGGGAAGUUCUUACGUGAUGCUGGUAAGGCUCCCAAUACGUCUGGCAAACAUAUGGUUUCAGCGGGCAAAGCGAUAUCGUACUCUGGACAGCAACGGUUAUCUGUCAGGGGGCCCUUAUUGAGGCUUUAUCAUGAAGUGGAAACGUUUAGAGGUCGUGCAGUUAGUGAUAUGCGGACAACGGUUUCAGCUAUGGAAAAAGCCCGCAUUGAGUACCGUGCUGCCUUGAGCUGGAUGAAAUCGACGAGCGCACAGUUGGAUCCAGACACGGGACGUGGCUUGGAUAACUUUCGAAAAGCGCAACGGCAAGUUCGAGAGAGCAAAAAAAUAUUUGAUAAAUUGACACUAGACGUUUUGCAGAAGAUUGACUUGUUAGCUGCUGCUCGGUGCAACAUGUUCUCCCAUGUGUUGUCUAACUAUCAAAGUUCAUUUUUAACUUUCACAACAAAAGUUGCUCAAACCUUAACUGCUACAGCUGAUACUAUGAAAGCAACUCCACAAUAUGAAUUUUCAAUUCUAAAGGAGCUUUCUCAAACCUUAGCAGAAUCUGAAAACAAACAGGAAAAUGUAGCAUCUCCAGAUAAGGAUCAAAUGUUGUUUUUCCAGGAUGAAUACAAAGAUGACAAGGACAAUGACGUACAACCUAAACCUGAUAAUAAAGAUAAGAACAAAGAAAACCAACUUCCCCCCAUUGAAAAUGCAGAUAAUCCAUCCACUUCCACCAAAUUGGUCGAUACCACUUGUGGGGAGCCUGAAAAUUCAAAGGAAACUUUGAGUGUUUUUUCAGACUUAGCUGGUUUACAGUUAAACAGUGCAGAUGCACCAAACAACUUUGGAUCAUUUAUGCCAUCCCAGCUAUUGCAGGAUCUCUCUAUACCCAACUUACUAGAAGGGCCAUUGACACCAGUGAGUACCAAUAACAAUAAGCUUCCUAAGUCCGACAAAGAAAAUGCCAGUAAACCAUUGAUGCCACCUAAGAAAGAAGACAAAGCAGCUUGGUUCAAGCUUUUUGCAGAGCUUGACCCACUUGCUAAUCCCGACAGCCUCCCUGGCUCUAACUCUAAUCAUAGCCAUGCAGCCUGAACAAUAGGAAUAAAUGAGCUUGCAUAUAAAAACAAAUAUUUAAUUUUAUGGAAUAUAUACAACUAUUAUAACACAAUGUUAUUUAAAACAUUGAUAGAAUUUAAGGGUUAAAUUAAUUUAUAGCCAAAGAAGGUACAUUGUUUUAAGUAAAUCACAGCAAACCUUUUGUUUCUGUUAAAAUAUAAAUAUGUAUUUCCAAAAACUCAUAUUGAAAUGAACAUAAUUUAAUAUGUAUACCCAAGGUUAUCUUAAUUUUAACUCUUGAAUUAAAGAAAUGUUAUAUUAUAUGUACCAAAGUAAAUUCUUUAUUAUGUUGGGUGUUAUGUAAACUGUUAGCAAAGUAAUCGUCUUUUAGUUAGCAAAAAAAUCUAUUGGUUGGCCAAACUAGCUAGUUAGGCAGCAACUUAUGAUCAGCAAAUAAUUCUAAAUCAGUCUGCAAUUUAUGUCAUUCAGAACAGUAGUAUAAAUUUUUGUACAGCCGAAAAUCUAAAUAAGCUGCAAGGGUGAUUAGAAUUUAAUCAAAUCUGUAAGAGAGUUAGAGUAGGUGGGAGGAAGGGAGAGGUUACUUCUCUAGCCCUCUACCCUCAACUCAUCUACCCCAGCAAAGCAAACACAUGUAUUAUUUUCAAAGAUAAACAACCCUCACUCUUUUUUAUAUUUAAUAUGGACUCUAUGGUAAUAAAAGGAUUAUAUUUUUAUCUUUCUUUCUAUAGGAAGAAGAGUUUAAAAAAAACGCAAUAUAACCGUUAUACUGCUAACCAAAAUUUAAAUAAAUACGCAGCUUAAAGAAAUGUAUUUUCUGCUGGCCAAUUCUAAAAUCUGGUUGCCCAAAUAAUUAUUUUGCUGCGUGACUGUUUAUUUUAUAGAUACAUAAUAUUAAAAGCUGCCUGCUUAUGUUUAAAUUACUGACCAUUAUCAUGAUUGUUUAUAGUACAGGAAUUGCAGUCUGAUUUUUAUUACUGCUAACAAAGUCUUUGUAUGCUGGCAAAAUAAUUUUUAAGCGGCUUUUGUUUGCUAACUAACAUUUUGUAAUGGCAUACCAAAUAAUUACUUCCCUAUUAUAUUAUGUUAAACAUCUGAGCUUACCUGUUCUGUACUGUACGUUCUUAGUCCUAAAAUAAGGUUGAUUUUUCGUUAACGAAAAUCGAAAGGUUUCGAACUAUUUUCGUGAGUUCUUCAUCUUCAUACUUUUGCAAUAAAGAUUUGAAAAUUACCCCACCCUCGAAUAUCGCUUUGCAAAAAGUAAAUUGAGAACCUCCUUUUUACAAUUCACGAAUUACAUGUCAGUUUUGUUACGGAUUGAAAUUUAAUUUUGUCGAGCAAAAGAUAAUUAUGAUUCUUCGUUUGUUGUAAAAGUGACAAAUGCAUAUAAAAUAACAAAUUCUAUGCAAAACAUUUUAACUACUUAUUUGUAUUUAUAUAAAAAUUUGGACUAAAGUUUAUGAGGCUUUUUAUAUCAAAAGCAUAAAGGUCUGCUAGUCAAACAAAAUGUAUUAGUUUGUCUUAUAUUUUCAUGUUAUUAUUGUAUUUUAUUUAGAAGAUUAAGUAUUUACCUGUGUAUUAGAGAAAUAUUUUUGUUUUAUAUAAUUCCAAAUUUACUAUUUUAUAGUAAAUGCAUUUAUAUCCUUGAUAGUCUAAGAUCCGAACCUACAUCGACGUUCAUCGAGCUGAUAAUAGAAUGAAACAUAUUUUAUGAUAAAUUUUGUAUAUUAGAAAAUAUAUUAA